CCUUCUCUCCCUCUCCAUCGGCAUGUUUCUCCUCCACCUCUCCCUCUGCUCCUCUCCUCCAUCAGCAGCUGGGCGUCAUGCCUCCGGAUGUGGCUGCUGCUGUUCUUCUGCAGGCUCUGAUUUAGGAUCCUAAUCACAGGAGUCGCUUUAAAUUGCAGUUAAAGCAGAUGGGCGGAGUCCGACUCCAGGCUCCUCCUCCUCUCUGGUCUGAAUUCUGUAAAUCAGUGAAGUGGAUCUUCAGGAGCAGCGAUGGCAUCCUGCACGUCUCACACUGACACCAUACAAUUGUAGAAUGCAUUCUCUGCUGAAGACAGUAUUGCUAGCACUGAUAGCAUCGGUCGUACUGCUGAUGGCUGUGCUGCACUCAUGGCCCACUCGAGCCUACAACACUGUGGACAUACGGCAGAGACCCGGCUCAGGAGUCGAACGGCUGCUGGAGGAGAGACUUCCUGAUCCAGACCCGAGUGCCAGCUCCAUCCCAUAUCGUGUGAAGGAAGACGUUGCAGGGCUUCUGGCACGUAACAGUUGUGUGUGUGAGGGUGAGAGGGGCCGCGUGAAUUUACCUUUCGCCAAACUGCUGUUCCCGCGAGUGUCUGCCCACUCGCUACACACGGCCUUCCAGCCUUCUCAGCUCGAUGAAAUGAAGAGACGCCGUGCCAAAGAGUACCAGGGCUUCCAAAUGAGGUCACAGACCCCUGCUGAUUUCCUGAUUGUAGCUGAAGCUAACAGCCCACUUCAGUAUCCGAUGCAGGGUGUGGAGGUGCGGCCGCUCAAGACUAUUCUUAUACCAGGCUUGGCCUUAAAAGACCUGCCAAGAGAUGUUUACAUUCUGAAUUUCACGGCGUCUCUCGGUACGUUUAAUGUCGCCGCAGAGGUCGAGGGGGUAAAGGUCAGAGGUGAUGGUGAGAUGCACAUGACGCUGAGCAGCUUCUUGCUACCCAACCUGAACCGCCAGCUUCAGUUCAUCACGUACACAAACACACUGUUCCACCCCAGCACCGCUGACACAGUGCAGUUAGAGACAGAGGGGCAUCAGGCUGUUUUCACCAUCAAAAUCCGUCACGGCGUGACACCCAAACUCUACAACACAGGCUCAGACGCAGAUAAAGAGUACAACAUCAGCGCUCUGGUGACGAUCGCCACUAAAACCUUUCUGCGCUAUAACAAGCUCCAGGACCUGAUUGACAGCAUACGGCUAUACUACCCCACUGUUACCAUAGUGAUAGCUGAUGACAGCGAAAACCCCAGGGUGGUGUCCGGCCCAUACAUUGAGCAUUACAUCAUGCCCUUCGGAAAGGGUUGGUUCGCAGGUCGUAAUCUGGCCGUGUCCCAGGUCACCACCAAGUACGUGCUGUGGGUGGACGACGAUUUCAUCUUCACUGCCAACACUAAGCUGGAGAAACUAGUGAAUGUUCUGGAGAAGACCACGCUCGACCUGGACCGGCACCAAGGGUACGCUUAUGCACCCCCAGUGGCUGGAUUGAGAAGAGAUGCAGAGCAUGUGGGAAGGAGAAUGUUGAGGAUGGAGCUGCCAGGCAAACGAAAACGAGGAAGGCCAAAGAGGAGAUACAUGGAUGUGGUGGGCGGUGCUGUGCGUGAAGCUACAGGCUACACCUCCACCUACAGGCAGACCAUCUCUAUAGAAGCUGGAGAGGAGGAUGGAGACUGUCUCCACAUGAGACGAGGUUUCCAUCAUGUCAUCCAGGGCUUCCCCAACUGCGUGGUCACCGAUGGCGUCAUCAACUUUUUCCUGGCUCGGACAGACAAGGUGCGACAGGUCGGCUUCGACCCCCGGCUGACUCGCGUCGCCCACCUCGAGUUUUUCAUAGAUGGCCUGGGUUUGCUCCAUGUUGGCUCGUGCGAUGAUGUCAUCGUGAACCACGCCACCAAAAUCAAGCUUCCUUGGGGUCAGUCAGAGAGCGACAAAGCCUACGCAAAGUUUCGUUACCCUCCAGCCUCUUCGGAUGCCACACGUACGAAAAACGGCCUCUUGUACUUCAAAAACCGCUUCCAGUGUUUGACGCGCAACUGAACACCCACCUCACCCUCCUACCCCUCGUUCUGUCUUCCUCUCCCAAAAGACAUCUCUUUUUUCCCUUGAGUAGCUAAAGAGAGUCUUUGAGGGGACUCGGGGUUGUGUGGGUUGUGUUGUCUACGUUGUCACUUCCCUCAUUUUAAUGUGGGAAAGAAAAAAUAUGUAGUCUCCUCCUUUUGGAGGGGCCCUAAUGUCAUUACAUUGUGACUGACAGCUGAGAGAUAAGUUUUAUUUUUUUGUUUUGUUGAAAAAAAAAAGGAGUUAAGAUAAUA